CCAACUUUAUUAUCGUCCUUCAUUUGCUGCCAAAAUGAGCAUUUGAAACUCUUCGCCGGAGAAGAUCACCGCGCUUGCCCCUCCCCACCACCUCCGCUCCUCCACCGCCGGUCGCCGGCUCCUCACAAGGUCCUAGAACGACGAUACCUUCAAGGUCCUAGCUUCUUCUUCUCUUUCGUUGUCCAAUUGAAGGUUUUUGUCUCGAGAUCUCCUCCCUUGAUCCAAAAACACUGGUUUUUUUUUUUGUCUUCUAUUUCGAUCGCUUUAUGGCUUGGAAUAGAAGCCCUGGAGUUUGAUAUUGUGAGAAAGAGGAAGUUUUUCAAUGGAGGACGAACUCGACUUGUUGCCUCUGAGUAAGCGGCUGAAGCUGCUAGUGUCUAUGAAGCCUUCGUCGCCUCUUGUUGUUUCCUCCAUUCCUGCUCCUCCGCAGUGUUCUGGUGGUGUUUCUGUUGAGCCGGUGCUUAAUGAAGUUUACCAGAAGUGGCCGGGACUACCGAGAGGUGUAAAAUUUGAUCCUUCUGAUGAAGAUUUGAUUUGGCAUUUGCUUGGAAAAACAGGGAAAGGGAAGGUUAUGCCUCAUCCGUUCAUCAACAUAUUUGUGACUUCCCUUGAUGAUGACAUUAUGAUUGGUCAUACCCAUCCUGACUUUCUUCCAGGAAUUAAGCAGGAUGGAAGGCCAUCUUAUUUCUUCCACAGAAUACUCAAGACUCAGUUUGAGAGGCAAAAUAUCUGUUGGAACAAGAUUGGAAAGGCAAAGCCAGUGCUUGUAGAUGGGAUAUAUCCAGGGAGUAAGAAUAUCAUGAUUCUAUAUGUGAAUGAGCAAAAUGGUGAGAAACUUGAGAGAACAAAUUGGGUGAUGCACCAGUAUCAACUUGGUGCAGAAGAAGUUGAGGAGGGGGCUCUUGUACUGUCUAAAGUCUUCUAUCAGCAAAGACACAAAGCAAGUAGAAAGGGUGGCCAAGACAUGGCUUCUGACUCCAUAGGUGUUGUAUUAAAUGAAGUAAAACCUUUAGCUGGUGCUGAGCUGGUUCUUUCUGAAUCUCAUAGUGAAAAUCAGCAUUCUGAUAUCAAUUACGUUCUAAAACCUUCUCAAAUGUCAACUUGUUAUCAGAUUGGAAGCAAUGAUGAUUAUUUUGAACAGCAAAAAUUGGGUUAUGGAAACCAUCCAGAAUCUUUUGCUAGUGAAGAAGAAAAUUGUGCCAAAUCUUGUGAAUGUGGCCAAAGUCAAAUGUCUUGUGAUCUGGGUCAAGAUAUGAGAAGAUGUCAAAAGGAUGCUCAAGUGUCUGUUAGCACUUCAACUCCAAAUUCAUCAGAAAGUGUGAUUACUCAAAGUCCAUCAGUUGUUGUUCAGAUUUUAUCAAUUACCAACAGUGGGAAAAGCAAUUCCUUAGUGCAAACUGACUACCAUACAGAAAGUAAAGAAAUUGGCCAAAUAUUGUCAUGCCAAGUGUCUGCCUCUGAUAUUAAUAGUGACCAUCGAACAUGCGAUACAUUUAAAACAAAUGACUUGGAGUAUUUAAGAACUGAUACAUGUGCCCCAGAGAAGAAUAUCAAUAGUUCUUAUAUGGUCCCAGAUGCGAGAAGUCAUUCAGAUAGCCCUUCAUCAGUGAUUCCCUUAUCACUGGAAGGCCAGGAUAGCAACCAUAGACAGUCAUAUGAAACAAGAACUCUAGAUGCUAACUUGUCGUCUAGUCAAGAACUAAAACCAGAAAAUAUAAAUGGUGAUAAUCUGCUGCUUGAUCCAUCAUUUCCAGUUAAGGUGAAGCGUGAACCUUCAGAAGGUGAAGCUGGCAGUACUUGUGAAGUGCAUAAUGUAGUUACUCACUACGCAUCAAAAGAGAACCAUGCUCAAGAUGAUAAUUUGUCAGGUGGAAGAAAUAUACAAAAUUGUUUGUCACUCAGUGGUCUACCUUUAGAAAGCCCUUUUGUCAAUACUCAAUGUUCAAAAAAAGCUGCAAAAUACCCAGAUAAUGUUUUGCUAGGUAAGGACAACAUGCCUGCAGAAAGUGACAGCAUAGGUUACGGCCGGAGUCUUCAUCCUGAAGAACGAAAUUUGAAAGCUGUGAAUAGGCAUUCAAAUUCUGCUUCCUCAAACUCAAUUGGUAAAGUUAAGUUUGAACCACUUGAGAACUGUAUACCUGUACCGGGGCAAACAGAUUUUCCAAGGGAUGAAGUUAAAAUAGAACUUGCUAAUGAUAAUUCCUCAGAUAUAGACAACAUUCCUCUUAUAGAUCGUAUGAGGAUGCUAGUGUCAUUGUCAGUUACUGGAGUUGAGUGUAGUGGCAAGAAAAGAUGUCCCGAACCCACUGCACUCCCUGCUUCUAGUUUUGAUUCUUUCAAUUCUGAGAAUCCCAAAAGGAAAUCCUUCUCUCUUCGAAAGAAGAGGAAAAAGACUGCUACGAAUUCAGUGGAAACAGCCCUGGAGGAAGAUGCUCCAGGACUUCUAGAGGUUCUUCUUGACAAAGGAAUAACAGCUGAGGAAAUUAAGCUUUAUGGGGAUGUUGAUGAUGAUGAUGAUGAUGUUGGUGAUGUUUUUUUCAAAUGAAGAAGUUUUGAAGAUCUGGAGAGUGUGAUAACCAAGUUUUUCUCUGAGCGUUCUUCGUUGUUCAAGCUCCCCUCAUCACGACAGGUUAAGGGAUCAAAAGUUGAUUACUGUUUGCCCUGCUUGAUUGCUCUCAUUGAGCAGACUCGGUAUUUGCGGUUUCGAAAUAAUCCUGUUGAAUGGGGAUGGUGUAGAGAUCUGCAGUCCUUCAUUUUUGUUUUCGAAAAGCAUAACAGAAUAGUUUUAGAACGUCCUGAAUAUGGGUAUGCCACAUAUUUCUUUGAGCUUGUGGAUUCUUUGCCAAUAAAGUGGCAGAUUAGGAGGUUGGUAACGGCAAUGAAACUUGCCAGCUGCAGCAGGACUGCCAUCAUUGAAAACAAAACUAUACUGGCUGAAGAUUUGACCGAGGGAGAAGCACGAGUUUUGGAAGCAUAUGGUUGGGCGCCUAAUACUGGACUGGGCUCGAUGCUUAACUAUUGUGACAGGGUGGUUCAUGACAAGAGGAAUGAUUGGUUCAUCUCAGAAUGGAGAGCCAGGAUAGCUAGGCUGCUGAUUGAGGGUUAUAGUGGAGGCUGUACUGUACUCUCCGAUCUCCCAAAGAAGGUUGUUGAGUACAUGAGCAACCAAAACCCGGAAAUCAAGCUAGAGGUAGAGCUAGAGCAUGGUGGUGAUUGCUACCCAGAAAUCAAGUUAGAAGGUUUAAACUAGGCCUUUAUUAUGUGAACAAUCAGGCAUCUUAAUGUAGAGCAGUAACAGCAUUGUAUACAAAUUUCAUAAGCUAUUAACCAGGUCUUCUGGUUUUGUAAAUGCCAUUAAAUUUUCCAGUCUACAUUAA